AUGAUCAGGAUUGUUCUGCUGGCUGUGAUAAGAAUCGCCCCGCCCAGCACUUUUAGUUGGGUUCACUUGCGACGUGGCAUGGGACAGCUCAGGAAGCACCUUUUCACCGAGUCUCAACUUUGUCGGUAUUCUGCUCGAGACACGGUUCAAAUCGAUGAGCCAUUUGCUGUUGUAGGACCCGAUGUGCCUUGGGGUUUUAUUGGUCUAGCCAAUGUGGAGCUUCCUCUAGCAAUGUUGCUAUACCAUUUUGACUGGAAACUUCCUAAUGGACUAAAGCAUGAAGAUCUGGACAUCACAGAGCGCUUUGGUGGGACAGUCAGAAGGAAGAAGGAUUUGUGCCUGAUUCCCAUUCCUUAUCAUCCGAACACUGUUUCAUAG